UUGAAAUUGAUCGGAUUGAGCAAUGAACAUUGGUGUCGCAGUUGUCCCUCACAAUAAUCCUCUUUGUCUCUCUCUCACUCAUAUUUCUUCAACUCCCGCUCUUCCUCCGAUCAAUAAUCCUACCACUCAAGGAAGGAGAAGAAAUCUAGCGGUGCUCAGUCGAAACCGUAAUCUUGAUUACCAUAACAGUGAUAGGCUAGUGAUCUCAGAGACUAUGGCAUCCAAGGGAGUGUCUCCUGAAGUGAAUACGAGCCUUUAUGCGGAUAUAGAGCCGUACAACACUGGCUUUCUAAAGGUUUCGGACAUUCACACAGUAUAUUAUGAGGAGUCUGGGAAUCCAGAUGGGCAUCCAGUGAUUUUCCUGCAUGGAGGUCCAGGGGGUGGUACUUCAUCUAAGAACCGGAAAUUCUUUGAUCCCCAGUUUUAUAGGAUCAUUUUGUUUGAUCAGAGAGGCGCUGGUAAAAGUACACCUCAUGCAUGCUUGGAGGAGAAUACAACUUGGAAACUCAUUGAAGACAUUGAAAAACUAAGAACACACUUACAAGUUUCAGAAUGGCUGGUUUUCGGUGGUUCAUGGGGAAGCACACUCUCCCUAGCGUAUAGUCAAUCACAUCCUGACAAGGUGACUGGCCUUGUAUUGAGAGGAAUUUUUCUGUUGCGCAAGAAAGAAAUUGAUUGGUUUUACGAGGGUGGAGCUGCUGCCAUAUAUCCUGAUGCCUGGGAACCAUUUAGAGAUCUUAUUCCUGAAAGUGAAAGAGGAUGUUUCGUUGAUGCCUACCACAAGAGGUUAGACUCCAGCGACAAGGAGACACAAUAUGCAGCUGCUAGGGCAUGGACCAAAUGGGAAAUGAUGACAGCUCAUCUUCUGCCCAAUGAAGCUACCGCUGGACGAGGAGAGGAUGAUAAGUUUUGCUUGGCUUUUGCAAGGAUUGAGAAUCACUACUUUGUCAACAAAGGUUUUUUUCCUUCAGACUCCUACCUGUUGGACAAUCUUGACAAAAUAAAGCAUAUCAACACUGUAAUUGUGCAGGGGAGAUAUGAUGUCUGCUGCCCCAUGAUGUCAGCAUGGGAUCUUCAUAAGGCUUGGCCUGAGGCUGAUUUUAGGGUGGUUCCUGAUGCUGGGCAUUCGGCUAACGAACCAGGAAUAUCGAGAGAACUUGUUGCUGCAACUGAGAAGAUGAAGGUUAUCAUCAAGGGGGGUGCUCCCUAGACCUAUUCUUAUAGCCGGUGUUGCCUUUUCUAGUUCUGGUGAUAAUGUCGAAUCAAACAGAUUCGGUUGGGAAUUAGUGUAUUUCUGGUUCCGAAUAUUUCGACUUUGGUCUUUGGAAGGAUUAUAAGUAUGAUUUUGAUA